AAGUCUGUGUUCAGCCAAACUGCAACCAGACUUAUACUGUAGAUCUACAGAGACAUCAUGAGAGUCACUGCAGCCGUCCUAUUGGUCCUCUGUCUCCUGGCUGUCGGUCAUGCCUGGGACUGUCAGGAAAUAGUGGCUAUCAAGAAUCUGGUGCAGAUUGAUGCAGGACUGGGACAAGUGGUUGCUACGAACACAAGUCAAAUCCCCUACUACCUGGUAGGUGAUGAAUGGAUCCCCCUGCCUGGUUCCAUGAAGCAUAUCACUGUAGGACCAGCAGGGAUCUGGGGUGUCAACAAGGCAGACUCAAUCUACAAGUAUGUGGGCGGUAACUGGGUGCAAGCUGCAGGCAGUCUGAAGCAGUUGGAUGCUGGAGGUGACCAAUUUGUUGUGGGGGUUAACAUAAAUCAUACACCAAACUGUCGGACACGUAGUGCCACAGUUGGCUACAAGGGUCCAGGCUCACCCCUUCCAUGGACAAGAUUGCCAGGAGCUGUGAAGUAUUCUAGUUGCGGACCUUUUGGGUGCUGGGCAGUCAACAAGAAUGAUAAUAUCUAUUUAAUGAGUAAUGUGAACAGAGACACCUGUCAAAACAACGGGUGGAGUCAGAUUGGCGGCAAGCUUUCCAUGAUUGAGGUGGCAACUGAUGGUAGUGUCUUUGGGGUCAACUCUGCAGGCCAAGUGUCUACCAGAGACGGCAUCACAGCCAGUAAACCAGAGGGCACUGGAUGGAGCAAUGUCCCAAUGUGCAUGCAAAUGAAGCACGUGACCUACGACCUGGGACGUCUUUGGGUCGUCUCCAAGUCUGGCUUCACCAUGGUGUGCACACAUUAGCCUCUUCUCUGUAGCUGAAGGCCAUUUGCGAUCUGACAAGCUCAAUUGCUAACUCAUUGAUCUCUCUUUCUGGAACAGCCUUCUGCUUGAGAAUUGAGGACAUGAAUUCCUUCAUUUGAAAAAAACUAUAUAUUCUAUUCUUUUCUUGAUGACUCCUUGAUUAACACUUAGAGGUUUGCUAUGGCUGCUAUUGAUCGUAGCUUAAAAACAUGUACCUUCCAAUGUCAUCAAUAGAGUUGAUGUAAUCCUUGGCAUUGCUUAUUAUCUCAUAUUAUAUCAUCAUUUCCCACAAAUAAAGCAUUCAUUUUAAAACUAA